CACCUCUUAUUUACCCGCUCACCUGGGUGAUCCAUUGGCUGGCUGGCUGGCCUCUGGGCGGUGAUAAGCCACUGACACGCCCUCUGCUGUUGGGAUACCUGAGUCAGGGGCACCUGCUGUAAAUGGUCAGAAGCUGCUGCCGCCACUGCCUCACCUUGUGGAGGUCUCAGCUCAGGUACUGCUAGACUUUUUUGUCUUGGGACUCCUUACAAAAAAGUAACUCACUCAUCAUGCAGCCCCCUUUCUUCUCGUUUGCGUUCGGGUCACAGAGCCCUCGAUGGGCCAGCAAAAUAAUUUUUUUCCUGUUUGUGUUGGGUGGGGUGCUGUUCUGUGCCGGAUUUGCACUUUCCAUCUUUGGGUUUCAGUCAUGCCAGUCGGACAACUUCUCCAGCUGCAGCAUGACCUUCAAAGUACUGGGUCCAUCGCUUGCCGUGAUAGGACUGGCAUCUCUGCUGAUGGCAAGAUCUAGAGCCAGACUGGAGAGGAGGAGGAGAGAAUUGGCAGGAGACCAGACAGACCCAGACAGCAACUUCCUCUGUGGUGAAAGUCGGCAAUUUAUCCAAUACCUAAUAUUUGGGAUCUUGUUUGUAAUUUGUGGAAUACUCAUUAGUGUCCUGGGGGUUUGGAUACCAGGCUGCAACUCCGUAUCUCAAAAUGUUAAUGGAACAGACGCAACUUACAAAAACUGUGGAUUUCUUUCUCUGCAAAUAAUGGGACCAGUGAUUGUACUGAUUGGGUUGUGUUUCUUCGUGGCUGCCCACAUCAAGAAAAAGCAUAAUCUCAGUGAUGCCAAUGACUCUGAGGAGGAACCUGAAACCCCGACAAAUGAACCAUUUCAUAUAACUGUGGGUGACGCAGUCAUAAUAUUCCCACCACCCCCACCUCCAUAUUUCGCAGAGACCCCCUCAGCAUCUGCAAGUCCCAUGAGUGAGAACCCACCUUCAUACAGCAGUAUUUUUAAUAUAAGACCUCAUCAUGAUUUCCAUGGAAGUGAACGUGAAAAUAUAUAUACCAUUUCUCUGCCGAGUCAGUCCACUGAGGUUUAUUCCAAUGCAUAUUUUCCUUCUGAACCACCUCCAAAGUAUGAGGAGAAAGAUUCUACUCAGCCUGAUCCUAUACAGACUUCAUCGCCGUCAUCUUCUUCUGUUCCAGAUGAUUCUCAGCCUGAACCACACGCUUCCAUGUGAAACUGAACAAUUUACAGAAAAUUCUGUUUUAGACAAAGGUUUUAGCAGAAGUAGUUGGACUUUGCUCAACUGUUUUUACAAAUGGGUCUUUAUUGUGCUACAUGACCCUGCUGUGUGAUCGAUCAGUGCUUGAGACUGGUGUGUGAAGAUGCUAGUUGGAGGCUUGUAUUGGCAGAUGCUCCAUUAAAGUAUUUGGUCUAGAUCACUUAUUGAACUAGGAAUUCUACAAACUUGGUUUGUGGUUGAAGCUCUAUGGAUGGACAAUCUGAAAAAAACAAA